CCUAACCUUAUGAGCCACGCACGCAGCCCUCGACGUGGCGCUCCGCCUCGGAGAAAUGCCUGGCGUCACGCGGGGAAAUCCGACACGCCCGAGGUGGCCACGUGGACCGUGUCAUUUACCAAAACAGAGCAGAGCACCGCAGUGCAGCGAGGCCGGGCUGCAGGGAUCCAAUGCAGCGCCACAACAACAUGCAUACACAGCACGAUUCCCUGUUGACCAGGACUAACAAAGAGAUGUUUCAGGCAACUCUGCUUUCCUUGUUUCUAUUUGUCCAACACUACCAAACAGCUCCACAGUCUUCAGGUCCUUACAGCUCUGAAUCGGAAACAGGAAAUGAUACGCUGGCAUUAACUGUGCCUAAUCCUUUUGGAUCUAGUCAAGAAGAGCACAGACUUUUGCAGAGCUACAUCCAAAGCAGGUUUAGUGAAGGCCAUGGGAAUCCUGAUAAGAUGACAUGGGAGCAAGAGGUAUUCUCCAUAUUCUCCCUUCAUGACUAUGACAAAAGUGGACAGAUGGAUGGACUAGAGCUCAUGAAGAUGCUGUCAGAUUUUUUGUCCCAUCAUUCCAUGCCCCAAACAUCUUCUGAAUCUGUUAUUCUGAUGGUUGAUGCUUUGCUGCAAACUCAAGAUGAUAAUCAAGAUGGUCUCCUAAAUCCCUCAGAGAUCUUAGCACGCACAGCAGAAGUGCCUGCAGUGACUGUGCUUGACAAUGACAACACUCUUGCUAAAGAAGCAAUAUUACCUCCACACCUUAAGGAUGACUCAGAAAGGAACUUACAAGACAAUCUAAUACAGGAGGUGGAAUCUAUAUCACAUGAUUCAGAGAAAAAAGAUGAGGAUAGAAAUCAUGUAGAACCUCAAGAUGAUCAAGUGCAGUUAGACAAUAAUUAGUAAUUUAUUGUGCAUUGCAUAAAGAAUAAGUAGCCAACAUGGCUAGGAUUCUUACAUUUUGAUAAGUUGCAAUGUGCAAUGAGAUAAAAACAUAUGGGAUUUAGCCAUUGUAUAGAACCAUUUUUAAUUCACAACAUAAACCUUGACAGUAGGUUAUCUACUCUAAAAUGUAAUACACUAAAGUUUAAUCCCCAGGGUUAUCAGUUGCAAUUGCUGCCUCUGACUAACUAUAUAACCCUGAGCAAGUCACUUUACCUCUCUGUGAUCCAAAUAUAAAAAAUACUUAUAAACAAUUUUACUGUACUUCUGUGUUUGUAAAGCGCCUUGGGAUGGUGUUCACUUUAGAAAGAUCCAAUAUGAAAUAACAGUUGUUUAGUAUGCCUGACAUCUAACACUUUUUGCCAUGAUCUUUGCUAAUUUGUUAAUAUUCUAUAUUCUACAUGUUACAGACUGAUUAGGUUCAUGUUUGUUAGAAUAAGCUCUGCAUUUUUCAUUUUGAAGUCACUUCAUCACAAUCAAUGGUAUAUAUUAAUUUGCCACAUUAAAACUCCAUUUUGAAGUGAAGCAUAUUUUAUAAGUAUAAAGAAAAAACUAGCCCACUCUUGCCUUUUUAUAAUGGAGGUGAAGGGUACCAGAGUCUUAUUAUUAAAAAUACCCUUAAAACUUUCCAAAUAUGUACAUUUUUCAAGUCAAAAAUGUUAUUGAGUAUUGAUAUUAGAUGCAUAUUGCAAAACAGUGUAUCAAUGUCAUUUUAAGAAGGGAAAAAAGUGAAAUACUGCUUUGACAUUCAGCCAUUUUAAAAGGAGACCAACUGUGCACUGUACUCAAACUCUUGUCUUCCUUUAUGGCAACUUUUCAGGGCCAGGGGCAUUGUAAUUGACAUUAUUGAGUGCUAAUGCCCAGAUGUGAAUUGCUGCUUCUGUUCUUUAGAUAUCUAGUCAAAAAAAACUGAUUGCUUAUAUUUUUUUCACUAUAUGCUUAUUUCAUUAUUUUGCAUGUGCUUUUCAGUGAGAGAGAAUAUUGUAAUGACCCAUGGAAUUGAAUUAUCUACUUCAGGCUGACUGCUGGUGAGUUGGCCCUAAAAAGUACUUUUUGGCUUCUUCAAUUAUCACUUCCACCAUGCUGCCCAUAUUUCAGCGUAUAUCAUUCUGUUAUUACAGUCCAAGGCAGAACAUAACUACUUGAGAAAGAGAAUUGCAGAAUCAAAAAUAGGAUUAUAAGCAGAAUAAACCUUGGGAUAGGGAGCUUAUUGGGGUUGUCAUAAAUUCAUCCACAACAGAUGCUGUGGGCAGACAAAUGAUAAGGAAAUGUAUUUUUGUCUCAAGAAAAAUAGUUUCAAGACUCUGUGACAAAGUAAUUAUUUCUAGUUUACAUUCCUAAUCACAAGGAUGCCCCAUAAACAUAGAAGGCAUGUUUUCUUAAAAUGAAACCUUUGCUGCUUCAAAGUGGACCAUUUGGAUAAGUUUUAAGGUUUUAUCAUUGACCUGUUGACCCCAGUACCCUACAGUCCCUUUGUAAACUGCAGGAAUAGACCAGGUAUUUUUAAAGCUUAUAAAAAACACUCCACUUUAGGACACAAUCUUAUGUGGCAAAUUAAUAUAUAUCAUGAUUGUGAAGAAAUAACCUCAACUUGAAAAAUGCAAAACUUAUCCUUUAAUAUCUGAUACAGUUAAUGGAACAUUUUAUACCUUAUCCUGUAAGCUAAGGUACUGAUGUCAGGUGGGGGGCACAGCUAUACUUACCUUGUAACAUGAUGCACACAAUUUUUUUUUCUCAAUGGAAGAUAUUUUUUUCUCUCUUUUCAUUAUUGUUGAUACUUCAUGGCAGCUCUUUGUCUUAUGGUUGAAAUAUUUUAUAUUGUACAUUCUCCUACUCAUUCAUGUUUUGAAAUACACAGUAAUCCCUCGCUAUAUCGCGCUUUGCCUUUCGCGGCUUCACUCCCAUCGCGGAUUUUAUAUGUAAGCAUAUUUAAAUAUAUAUCGCAGAUUUUUUGCUGGUUCCCGGAUUUCUGCGGACAAUGGGUCUUUUAAUUUCUGGUACAUGCUUCCUCAGUUGGUUUGCCCAGUUGAUUUCAUACAAGGGACGCUCUUGGCAGAUGGCUGAGUGUUACCCAACUUACUUUUUUCUUUCUCUCUUUUGCGCUGACUUUCUCUGAUCCUGACGUAGGGGGAUUGAGCAGGGGGACUGUUCGCACACCUAGAUGAUACGGACGCUCGUCUAAAAAUGCUUAAAGAUUAUCUUCACGUUGCUACCUUCUGUGCAGCUGCUUCCUGAAGCGACAUGCUGCACGGUGCUUCGCAUAC